AUGGCAGAGCCACCUCUUCUAUCGAAACCCAUUGAUGGUGAGACCCUGUACGUAUACCUGGCUGUUUCCGAGCAAGCACUGAGUGCUGUAUUAGUUCGAGAGGAGUUGAAAGUUCAAAAACCGGUGUACUACGUGAGCAAGGUUUUGCAUAGAGCCGAGCUCAAUUACUCCGUCAUCGAAAAAUUUGCUUUGGCCAUGAUUACGGCCUCAAGGAAGCUAAGACCCUAUUUUCAAUCCCAUAAAAUAGAAGUCUUGACAGACCAACCUCUCCGCAACGUCAUACAUAGCCCGAAGGCUAGUGGAAGAUUAAUCAAGUGGGCAAUUGAGCUCGGGAAGUUUGAUAUCCGAUACAAACCACGAACAACGAUUAAGGCUCAGGCUUUAGCUGACUUCCUUGUUGAAUGUACCAUUAGCAACGAGGAAGUCGGGGGGCAAGGGGACAAGAUUGAAGACAAGGUUGAGGAGCCCAAGGAACCUAAAGAAUAUUGGUUACUGUUUUUUGAUGGAGCCUCAAAAACAAAAGGUAGUGGUGCAGGACUCGUGCUCCAAAGCCCCGAUGGCUUUACUGUGGAAUACGUUAUCAAGUUGGACUUCCCAACUACCAACAACGAGGCUGAAUACGAGGCUUUGAUAGCUGGGCUUGGAUUAGCCAGAACCUUGAGGGUAAAGAAUUUGAAGGUCUGUGGUGACUCGAAGCUUGUGGUUUUCCAAGUGAAUGGUGAGUUUGAAGCCCGGGAAGACACAAUGCUUAGAAAUCUGAGAAUUGUAAAGUCUCAAAUGGCACUGUUUGAAGAAUGUAUAGUAGAAUAUGUGCCGAGGGAAGAGAACACUAAAGCCGAUGCCUUAUCACAAUUUGCGUCCUCUGAUGAUGAGGUAUGCUCAGGAAGUGUUUAUUAUCAGGUUAUGAGAACCCCAAGCAUCGAAGCAAAAUUAGUUGCUCCCAUUGAUAGCGGGGCAACCUGGAUGGACGAGAUUAAGCUGUAUUUGGAAAGCGGUCAUCUACCGCCUAAUGCUGAUGAAGCACGAAAAUUGCAAGUCUGGGCCCUUAAAUAUGUCCUCAUUGAGGGGAUAUUAUAUCGGAAGUCGUUUGUCAUCCCCUAUUUGAGGUGUCUAAGGCCUGAUGAGGCACAUGAGGUUCUUAGGGAGGUUCACGAAGGGAGGUUCGCACCGAUAGUACGACAGCCCCCUGAGAUGUUGACAUCUAUCAAUACUCCUAUCCCUUUUGCCAUGUGGGGGAUGGAUAUCUUUGGACCGUUUCCACUCGCUAGUGCACAAAGGAAGUUUCUGUUGGUAGCAAUUGAUUACUUUACCAAGUGGAUUGAGGCCAAACCACUGGCCAAGAUAACCACCAAACAGGUCGCUCAGUUUGUGUGGGAAAAUAUUAUCUGCAGGAUAAUCCUUGAUGGACUGAAAAAGAGAGUUGAGAAGGCCCAGGGGUCAUGGGCCGAGGAACUGCUUCCAAUACUUUGGGCGUAUCGAACAACUUGUAAAGUCUCUACAGGAACAACCCCAUUCCAGUUAGCUUAUGGAGCUGAGGCAGUCGUACCCCUAGAAAUCACACAUACUUCCCAAAGAAUCCAGCAAUAUGAGCCGGAAGCAAAUAAGGAAGGCAUGAGACUUGCACUCGACAUGAUUGAUGAAAUCUGUGAUGAAGCCCAUGCUAAGAUUGUGGAAAACCAGAAGCGAGCUUCCUACUAUUAG